UUUAGUGCCAUGCGGCUGGCUCCAAACAAGUUGGAUACCAAAAGUCGAGCGAGCACUCAUGUCAAGCACUAAACAUUCUCGUACGUAGUCAACAUAUCGGUCGAUGUUCUGGAACGGCUGAGAAGACGAGUGGGAGCGCUCGCGUGAGCGACUCCCACGAUCGGACACCACGUCCGUCCGUCCGUCCGUCCGCUCUCUCUCUCGCUCGAGCUUUCCUUUGACAACUUUCAAAAUGGAUGCGGUGGCUGGCCGCCGGCAACUCGUUUGCUUUCGUUUCGAGUGGACCCGCGUCGCUCUCCGUCACUACAGGAUUUUCUUUUCACCUACGUCGGAUUGACGCGCAAAAAGGGAAUUCAUCCAAGGUUUUGCUGUUGUCGCUGGGCCGUGUUUGUUUUUCUUUUUCUUUUCUUUUCUUUUCUUUUUUUCCUUCCCGUGUGUUACGUGGCCAGGGAUCCUCCUCACUUCCUGGUUUGGAACGAGCCGAUCAACGAUGCGUGUGUCUCUCUCUUUUUGGGUGUUUCUUUUUUUUCUCCCCUUCAUCUCACAGGCGGGCGGUUGCAAAGCGAAAGUAGAUUUGCGUGGUUGGGAGUAGAUUGAAUGGCACAAACUCUUGAAUUUGGGGAGGGUCAUGUUUCAACCAAGAAGCAUUUGUUUUCGAGGACGGACACGAGGACAGCGUUACAGUUGACAAGUUCCGAAAUGGAAAGUGGAACCGAUUCCGCUUCGAGUGUUUUAAUAGCAGUGAGCGAAUAUUCGGACGCUUUUCAACGGAAAAUCUUGGCUCCACUCCAAAGUGCCUUCUUGUUCGAAGAGUCGAAGCUGUCAUUCCGAUACAAAUCGGCUUGGUUGGUUCAAAACCCAGCCUUGAACCAAAAGUACGCCGCCUUUCGAGCCAAGAGAAAACAAGCGGGCUAUUCUGAAGAUGACCUGGAGGAGACUUAUGGCUUUUUGCUCUUUGAUGACGUUCGCAAGGCCAAUGCGCUCGGGCAAACCGGACUACUCACUGGGAUGAGCUCCUGUUCCGCUUUGGGAGACCCCUCAAAAGGCAUUUACAUCUCCAUGUUCUCCGACUGUUUGGGCCCGGAGCGCUGGCGGGACGGACAAUCGGGCUACGUGGCCAUCGUCAGGCUGACUACGGGGCGAGUCAAGAGAGUUUGCGAGAACCGCGCUCGCGAUGUCUUGGCGCCCACGCCCGGCUUUGACUGCCACGUGUCGCAGCAGCUGGCCUCCGUCAGCGCCCAAACCGGCGUCUCGCUCGCCUUCCAGAGAACCCAAUGUUACAUUUACGAGCUGCUCGACGACGGAAGCGACCAAACGGCGCCCAGCCUCACUUGCCCCUUUGCCGUGGUGGCGUUUUCCUAUCAAAAGAGAAGAGCGUCGGCAAUGAAGGAGCCCCAAGCGCCUGGCUUCGUCUCAUGUCAAAUUCCGACAAUUCUGCCCGUACUACGUUUGGCCCGAGGCCAAGUGGAGAAAACAAGCCACGGCCUGUGCGACGUGCUGACGUAUACGCUGACGCCGAGUCCAUCCCCGCUACCUGCCGCUCCCGGUGACGCGGCCACGGCGCAACUCGCCGCUCCGCUGCAUACGGGCCCAAAAGACAGCCCCGCAACGUUGGACGCACACACCGCUCAGGCGCCAACACGUGCGGCAAAUGACCCCAACGCAAGCCACCGUCCCGGAGUGGCAACGUUCCGCCUUGAGAAAAGUCCAGCCGCUCCUGCAACCUUGUCGGAGAAGACGAGUAGUGCAGAAGCCGAAGCGACCGCGGCGCCAAACCGUUGGCAAGCGGGAGCCGAAAGGUUGCCGACUCACGACGUUCCCGCCGAGCUCAUCGUGAGCUUCACCUCGGAGCAAAGCGUGGCCCGCCAGAGUCCAGCAAAGGAGCCUUUGAGGGCUUCCCAUUGCCUGCGGACGGAUGCGCCAGCAAAUGAGCAAAUGAAAAGUCCAAAAGGGCCAUCUGUGGAGACGCACAAAGCGAAAAAUACUUCACGGGCGCGUCGGUCCCAGCCGAAAAAGGCCAGCUCCGAUCCGUUUCCCGCAUGGCCGGCCGACAGGCGCGCCGUGCCGAGCGGCGCCGCUCCCCUGAGAGACAGAUCUGAACGUUGCAACUUGGCAUGGCCAGUCAUCAGCGAAUGCGGAAGAGUCUUGGUUCCUCACGGCUCAACCUUUUCCGCUGGCUCUCGGCUCCCGAGCCCUCCCGUAACUCCGGACGCGGACCGAGCGGCUCCGCAGCUGGCGACGGGAAGUCCAGAGCGCAGCGGUGAAGACGGGCUGGGGCCGCAAGGUGCCGCCGCCGCCGCCGACGAGGAAGACGCACGAGGGAGGAGGAGGACCAUGACAAAACAUCAGCGGGAUUCCCAUCCUGAAGCUCUCGGCGCCGAGACGCAGCUUGGUGGGAAGAAAAGCAGGCUCCAUGCCCAGCGCGUGGCCUCCGUGCCAAACGGCUCGGAGCCCACAUGGCCGCCGCCGCCGCCGCCGCCGGAGGAGACGCCGGGCCGGAAAGGCCAAAUCGUGUCCAGGCCUCCGUCCAUUUACCCAAAGUGGAAGAGAAUGAAAACACUCAGGAAGCAGCUCCACAUCUCACGGGAACACUUUCAAAAGACAUGGUGGAUGCACUUUGAGCGGCCAACCCGCGCCAAAGAAGCGGUCGCGACGCCGAAGCCGGCGACAGACGCCUUGAAUUUACUCGCCGACCUGGCGCUCGGGGCCGACCGCCAGACGCUUCCGUCAGAAGCGGAGCGGCGGCCUCGGAGGAAGAGCCACCAGAGCCAAAACGGCGACCGGGCUCUGGGGCCCAAAGUCCCUCUCGUGGAAGGCGGCGACUUGCUUUCUUUGUUGUCCAAAGAACACGCGUACUCGCUGCCGCUGUGGGCCUUAGCGGGCACGCCCUUCCGGGUGGCCCCCUUAAGCGGUUCCGGCGGAUUGCUUCACAGGCCGCCGCCGCGGCGGGCCUCCUCUGAAGAGCAAAAGGAAAAAGAGCAUUGUAGCGGCAAAUGGAGCCAGGCCUUCCGGCGCCACCGCAGCUUUCUUUGCAAAGACGGAUCCGUGGCAGUGACACGCCAGUGGAAAGAAAAGUACGACUUUAGCCGAGACAGCAGGUUCUCGUGCGAUCCAAAGGACAGAACCGUCCUCCGGGCCUUGCACGGCCCGUGGGAUUCGUCUCUCGGCGAGUCCGGCCGAGACGCGCGGCUGGUCCUUCACAUGUGGAUCGGGUUCUUCUACAGCCGUUCCACCGCCAGAUUGAUUGACUUUGGCUCGGAGCGCAAUGACCACGCUCGUUCUUCUCAAGCGGAGAACACGACGAGCCAGGCGCAGUCUGGGCCGGCGCAUCCGUUUGCGCUUCCACCGGCCGUGCCGGAUGCGUCGCCGCUUUCCACUUCCAGCACCUCGGCGCCCAAUGUCGCAGCAAGUGCCGAGGGGACCCCAUGCAUCCGCCGCGUACCUUUGAGCGCAGCAGCCCAAAAUGACCUCAUUGGUUCUGAAACCAGAAAACUCCCAACGACGGAGGAAGGGCAAGGUGAGAAGGCGGAAGAACCCUUUCCUUCCGGGGACUUUUUUGGCCCCCAGAGUCCGACUGAAAGGACCGAAGCGGAGCUCGUCGAGCUUUUGUCCAGCUCUCCCGGCGGCGCGGCGCGGCGGGCCCCGUGCAGAAGAUCGGUGCUUCGGGUCGGUGAGAUCGGGCCGCCCGAUGCGGCGGCUGCUGCUCACCGAGAGGACAACCUUGCUCAAAGCCUCCUCAUCGGAGAUCCUUCGGAACGUGAAAGAGACGCAGAGACGCUUGGGAAGCAGACGGAAAAAGACUUUCUCCUCGCUUCUCCGAGAAGGACCCUUGAAGAGUCGCCACCACGUAGGUUCGAGGCCAGUGAAAGCGCUCAGUCCGACGCGGCGGAAGGCCCGUCCGACGACCCGCCCCCCCUCGCCGCAUCCUCGCCGUUCAAAGCGGAUGAGGAUCGCUGGCACGUGAAAUCCACCAGCUACAGAUUCUACAUCUUGGCCACGUCAGAAGAUUCCUUCUUUGCCGAAACAAAGGCGAGUUUAGAAGCAGCGGGUCACACGGCGGUCCGGCCGAGCCAGUUCUUCCUCGCCGGAGAGUCUUCGUCUCUCCUCAUCGUGGUCAGGAACGAAGACAUCUCCGCGCACCUCUCGGAGGUUCCCCAUUUACUGGAGCUGAAAAAGUCGCCGGGCGUGCUGUUCGCGGGCAUCGACGAACCGCACGAUCUGGUGAAUCGCACCCAUCAAGAACUCUUUCUCAGCGGAGGCUUUGUGGUGUUUGACGGGCCGGCCCUGGAAGCCCUCAGCCCGGACGCGGCCAGAAGGUUCUCGGAAGUCCUGCGAGAGCUCAACCAAACGGAGAAGUGGAAGUGGUUGCUGCACUACAGAGACAGUCGGCGAUUGAAAGAGAACGCAAGGUUCAGUGCAGAAGCUGCAGAGAAGAAGCUCUUCUUAAGCUGGUCCCAAGAGACGGGACUAUGCGCGCUUUUGCCAUACCACGAAUGCGACGCCAAGUCCAGGGAUCAUCCCGACUACCUUGCUUGCCUGCUGCACUUGCAGCUCCAGAAUAUCGCCGCUCGCUUUCCUGUCUUUCUAACGGAUACAAGGCUCGGUGACGAAUUUGAGAAGAACGGAAUUCUGACGGCGAGCGUCGACUCCUUUCUGACGGCUUUUUCCACGUGACGCCUGUCCUGCCUGACCUCAAGUCUUUGGUGCGCACUUGCACUCGGCAACUCAAUGCAAACAAUAAACCUCAUGACUUAAUUUACUAAAACCGUACUACCUUUAGCCGAGCGAGCAAGUGUGUGCAAAUGUUGCUGUUUGUCUUUCGAAGCUGAUGAGUUGCGCCGUUCGUUGUCUAUGAUUUGAAGAGGAGAUUUAUAUUGAAUGGUUUGUAAAAGAUUUCAAAUAUUUUUGGACCACUUAUGUGGAGGUCUGAUUUCAAUCUAUAUAGGAUGUUUUGACUCCUUUCAAUGAACUCAUGAAAUAAACGAAUUGCAAAACUAGGAGCC